AUGGUCUCCUCUUCUUCUUCUUUUUGUUUUAUGUUCUUUUUAGUUAUUUUCUACUUGGUUUCACCGGUGAGGUCAAGCGACGUUGAAGCUCUAAUGAUUUUGAAAUCAUCCAUUGAUCCAUCAAACUCCAUACCAUGGCGAGGAACAGAUCUCUGCAACUGGGAAGGUGUUAAAGAAUGCAUUAACGGAACAAGAGUCUCAAAGCUCGUUCUUGAGAACAUAAACCUCACUGGCUCACUCCACGAGAAGAGCUUGAACCAGUUAGACCAACUUAGAGUCCUCAGUUUCAAAGGAAACUCUCUCUCUGCCUCAGUCCCUAACCUCUCUGGUCUGGUAAACCUCAGAUCUCUCUUCCUCAACGACAACAACUUCUCCGGAGAGUUCCCUGAAUCUCUGACGUCUCUCCACCGACUCAAAACCAUCGUCCUUGCCGGAAACAGGCUUUCCGGACAGAUCCCUAGCUCGCUGCUCCAUCUCUCACACCUCUACACGCUUCACCUCCAGGACAAUCUCUUCUCAGGCUCUGUUCCUCCUCUCAACCAAACAACUCUGAGAUUCCUUAACGUCUCUAAUAACCAGCUCUCUGGCCCUAUCCCACUGACACAAGCCCUGAAACAGUUCAAUGAGUCUUGUUUUAAAGGAAACAUAGCUCUAUGCGGAGAUCAGGUUCAAGACUCAUGCAAGAAUGUCACAGGUGGAGUCUCUUCCAAACCGUCGGCAAUUCCAGCCAUCCCUAUAGCCAAAACAAAGACCAAAACAAAGCUCAUUGGAAUCACUGUCGGAAGCAUCGGUGGCGGUAUUGUAAUACUUCUCCUGACGUUGCUUCUUCUACGAAGAACCAAAUCCAAGAGAGAAGAGUGGAGAAACAAAGCAGCGGCAGAGUCAGAGAGAGCAACAGAAGGAGGCACCACCACUACUACCAGUGAAAGGAGAAACAAAAGGUUCUCAUGGGAGGAGGGAGAAAGCGAAGAAGGAUCAUCGGUGGGGACUCUGGUUUUCUUGGGGAGAGGUGAGUCUGCUGACAUCACAGCGGUGAGAUACACGAUGGAUGAUUUACUCAAAGCUUCAGCUGAAACGUUGGGAAGAGGGACGUUAGGGAGCACUUACAAGGCGGUGAUGGAGUCUGGUUUCAUAGUCACUGUGAAGAGGCUAAAGGACGCAGGAGGGUUUACUCGAACGGAGGAGUUCAAGAGACACGUUGAGAUCCUCGGCAGGCUCAAGCACCCUAACUUGGUGCCUCUCAGAGCCUACUUCCAAGCCAAAGAAGAAUGCUUGCUCGUCUACGAUUACUUCCCCAAUGGAAGUCUCUUCUCUCUUAUCCACGGAAGUAGAGUUUCAGGGAGUGGGAAGCCUCUUCACUGGACAUCAUGUCUGAAAAUAGCUGAAGAUUUGGCGAUGGGUCUUGUCUACAUUCAUCAGAAUCCAAACUUAGCUCAUGGCAACUUGAAAUCAUCCAAUGUUUUGUUAGGUCCUGACUUCGAGUCCUGCCUCACGGACUACGGUCUGAGAGAUCUCCGUGAUCCUCCAGACUCAGUUGAAGACACAACCGCAGCCUCUCUCUUCUACAAAGCUCCAGAGUGCAGAGACUCACGCAAGGCGUCAACGCAACCCUCUGACGUCUACAGCUUUGGGGUCCUCCUUGUAGAGCUUCUAACAGGUAAAACUUCGUUCCACGAACACGGGUCUGAUAUCUCCAGAUGGGUGCGUGCGGUGAGAGAGGCAGAGACUGAAUCAGGGGAAGAACUGAAUUCUUGUGAGGAGAAACUUGAAGCUCUUUUGAGGAUUGCGACGACUUGUGUGGCUGUUCAGCCUGAAAAGCGGCCUGUGAUGAGAGAGGUGUUGAAGAUGGUGAAGGAUGCAAGAGCGGAGGCAGCAGUGUUGUCGUCUUACAGCAGUGAUCAUUCACCAGGGAGAUGGUCAGAUACAGUUCAGAGUUUGCCAAGGGAGGAUCAUAUGAGCAUAUGAAGCAAGUUUUUUGUGCCUUCUCUCCAUUGAAAGUAGCACUAGGGGUUCGGUUCAUACUGCAAGGAUUUGUUGACGCCAUUUUGAUUAAAAUCAGUGACUCGGAAGAUGAAAUGCCAAAUCUGCUUCAGUCUUAUUCCUGCUUACAAAAAACAGUUGGUGUCAUACCAGAAGAAAUGGAAGUAUAUGUAUAUUGGAUUUAAAAUGCAUGUAUUACACUUUAAAGUGGAAACA